UGAGAAUGAACUUUGUCUCGUUUCCUCUUGCGAAGGAAAGGAGGAAUCUCGACUUGAAUCUGUAGCUCAGUAUUUGAAAUAAGUCCUUUUAAAAUGGGAAUUCCUCUCCUAUGAAUGAUCGUUUAACAGGGACCUACGGGGACGCUUCAUGGUAAAUGAUCGGUACAGCAGGAGAGCAGCGUGCGCUUACCUGAGUCGGUAUGCGCUUUGGACACAGAACAGGGAACGAGUCCAGCGGAGCGAAGGAAAACGGUUCCCAGAACAUAAACUGACACUGGUAUCUCUGGGGUGUUGUCUAAAUAAAGGGAAGUAGCCUUGAACUCGACGUGCAGGGAGCCAAGCAGCAUGCAUGACAGCAGAUCGGAUGAUGCUGGAUGUGGCUCAACUGGAUGUGACCCAGCUGUCAGCAAUACCGACGCCCACGGCAGCAGGACGUCCAGACAGGGCAGCGUUGUGGAGCGACUCUCGAGAUAUGGCAUGCAGGUCAUGCCCAGCGCUUUGCAGCGUAGGUCGAGGCUGCAGAGGCAACUGGAGGUCAGUGACGGCUCCGCGACGGGAGGACUUCAGAGAGACACACCGGAGAGAGUGUCGCUCACACCUGCUAUGCGAAAGAAAUACUUGAAAGAGUUGCUUUUGAGCAACCCGUCACAUAGCGGGUUUAGCAGCGUGCUGUCCUCACAAACUUCCAGCGUGUCCUCCGAGGAGGACGCAGACUGGGCUCUGUACCCGAUGGAACACGCGUGGAUGGUUUCUGCGGUGGAGGGGAGCUAUGAAACCAUUCUGGACUUCAUCUCCGCGGACCCCCAUCUGCUAACUAGGAAGGAUUUCAUCAGCGGAUACUCAGUCCUGCACUGGUUGGCCAAGAGAGGAGAGGACGAGACUCUGCUCAAACUUCUGCGGCACGCAGAGCGCGCGGGGAUCCCCGUGAACGUGAACGUGAGGGGCAGCGGCGGGCUCACCCCGCUGCAUGUUGCCAGCAUGCACCGGCAGUACAUGGUCAUCAAGCUGCUGGUCGGAGCCUUCGGCGCCAACGUCGAUGCCAUGGACUACAACGGGAAGAGAGCCUGGCAGUAUCUGAAAGGAGACGCCCCACUGGAGAUGAAGGAGCUGCUGGGGACAUGGGAUGACGAGCACAGACACGGCUGCGCGCAAAACGCCAACAGAAACGGCAACAACAACAGCGCUGGCGCAGUGAACGUGACCGCGUCUGAUGAGGUCGAUGAAGGAGAGGCAGGUGAAGCGAACCCCUUCGACCGGACUAAGAGGGGUGGCAGCAGGAGGUUUAGGUCUUUCAGGAAGCUGCUACCCUCGUUUUCAUUUCUUGGAAACAAAAGCUGACUGUGACACAGCCUUUCAAAUAUGUGCAUCAGGUCAACAUUUUAGUGGUUCCCAACCUGAGAGGUCACCGCAAAAAUCUUACCAAGUUAGUUUUGCUUGCAGCUUGAGUCGUUGCAGUUCUAGCAGUGCAGCGAGUGUUUCUCCAUGUUUUUCCACCAUGAAACAGCUUUUUUAAAGUAUUAUCUUCUUCCUCUAGCUGCAACCCGCCUCACUCUGUCAAGACAGAAAUACUAAUUUCUAGGUCAUUCUUAAAAGCAAGUUGAUUUGAACAUACUGAAAUUCCCUCUGAUUUUUCUGCUUGUUUUAAGAAAAUGGGGUUGAUUGAAGUACAGGCAGAAAUAAUUAAAUUCAUCAAGUAGACAAAGCUACUGUUUAAAGGGUCUCAAAGAAAGGUUGGUAGCCACUGCACUAUUUCUCCAGGAUGAUCACUCCUAGAAAGUCAUCAUGUUGAAAAAAAGGACUGGCAGUAAAUUCAUUUACACAUUCAAUGAACCUAACUUUAAUAAAAACAGAGCUUUUUCCUAACAUUUCUUGCUGCUGACCUAGUUAUGCUUCUUUGCUGUGUCAACUCAAAUGCUGGUGAUUGCUGACGUGGCGAACUUUCUCUCCCAGUUAUUAGCAUUUGAAAUAAACGUUUGUCUUGCAGCCAGAUUAAGCUUCUUGAACGUGUGCUCUCUUUGGCACGUGCAACAAAGCCAGUACUCAAAAUCUUGCUAAACUAGAAAUAACCACAAUCUUCCAUGAAACAGUAGUGUUGAAGUGUUUGCCAUGUGGUCAAGAGACUGAAACCCCUUCAGAGUGUUUCUCUUUCUGCAGAGCUGUGUCAGCAUAAACCCUCCCCGUGUCAUGUUUGGUUUGCCCCAGAAAAACACUACGCCUGUUAGCGAAUAUUGCUCAGCUACACUUUGAGGGGGGUGGGGAGAAAAGCCGAACAGCAUCAUUUCAAGUUUGAUCACAGAUCUUUUAUUGUCAAACACGGUCAUAACCAGAGUAUCUGUACAAAACGUCUGCUGCUCUGGAUAACAUGGUUCCCUCCACAUGGUCAGGCCCAGCAGCUGGAGGUCCUGGCAGAUGUUGGGAUGGAGGGAUCCUGGGAUGCAUGGAUCCUCAUGUUUACAGGCCGAGCUUGGUCCUCCUCCAGUGUCUCCUCUUGGAGUUGUACCUGAAUGUAAACAUUAAAAUGUGUCAGGAUAGAACAUAUAGACUUUUCAUGAUGUCAAAUACUAGAAUUACUGCCUUACGGUUGUUUGCCUCCACCAAACAGUCAAGAUCCAGUUUACAUCCAUGUCUGUCCACACUCACAAUAUAUGCAGAGAAGUUGGAAUUUAAUGAAUUGUUCAAGUGUAUUUUUUGGUAAUUUGGAAGUUACCACUAUAUUGACAUGUGACAUGUUUCUCUCUCCAGAGAGAAACAUGCCGUCUUCACUUAAACACUAUUUUUACAGAAGGGUACAGACAACUCAGAGAGCUUCAUCACAAGGUGCAGCAACAAUCACCUGAAGCUAAAUAUCAGCAGAACCCAUGAGUUUGUUGUUGACUACAAAGAUUCAAAUAUGGGUGUUGCUGCAAAGAAGCUACAAAAUCUGAACACAGAUGCUUCACACACACUGGCAGCAUAGUAGAUCUGUACAAUCACCACAGUUUCAAAGUGGACACUCAAGAGUUGUGUCAACAAUUCAGUAUCUGACCAAAUGUAAAACACUGGUCACAAUCUCCUCUUCUGUUCCUCAGUUACGGUGUUGAAUAAUGGCCAGAAUAGCGUCUUU